AUGGCACCGGCUCGGCCCAGCCGGGUGGUCGCUAUGGUAACCGGAGGUGGUUCACCCGGCAGAGCGCAUGCGCGCGGUGCCGUUGAGUCGCGCGGCGCGCCCGCGGGCCCCUCAGCUAGCCUCGACAUGGCGCUGAGACGGCGACGAGGCGUCCGGGUCUGCGCCCGACUGCCCGACUUCUUCCUGCUACUGCUUUUCAGGGGCUGCUUGAUAGGGGCUGUGAACCUCAAGUCCAGCAACCAAAACCCAGUGGUACACGAAUUUCAAAGUGUGGAACUUUCUUGUAUCAUUACGGACUCACAGACAAAUGACCCUAGAAUCGAAUGGAAGAAAAUCCAAGAUGGCCAAACCACCUAUGUGUUUUUUGACAACAAGAUUCAAGGGGACCUGGCAGGUCGUGCAGGAAUGUUUGGGAAAACUUCCCUGAAGAUCUGGAAUGUGACACGGAGAGACUCAGCCCUCUAUCGCUGUGAGGUUGUUGCUCGAAAUGACCGCAAGGAGAUUGAUGAGAUUACCAUUGCUUUAACUGUGCAAGUGAAGCCAGUAACCCCCGUGUGCAGAGUCCCCAGGGCUGUGCCUGUAGGCAGGAUGGCGACACUGCACUGCCAAGAGGGUGAAGGCAAUCCCCGGCCUUACUACAGCUGGUAUCGCGGUGGCAUACCACUGCCCACAGACUCCAGAGCCAAUUCCAGAUUUCGGAAUUCCUCUUUUAUCUUAAACCCUGAGACAGGCACUCUGUUGUUUAGGGCUGUUCACAAGGAGGACUCUGGGCAGUACUACUGCCUUGCUUCCAAUGAUGCAGGCUCAGCCAGGUGUGAUGAGCAGGAGAUGGAAGUCUAUAACCUGAACAUCGCUGGAAUUAUUGGGGGCAUUGUGGUUGUCCUGUUGGUUCUGGCUCUGAUAACGUUGGGCAUCUGUUGUGCAUAUAGACGUGGCUAUUUCAUCAACAAUAAACAUGAUGAAGAAAGUUACAAGAGCCCAGGGAAGCUGGACGGAGUUAACUACAUCAGGACAGAUGAGGAGGGUGACUUCAGACACAAGUCGUCAUUUGUGAUCUGAGAUCUGGCGGUGUGACAGAGCACAUGCAAAUACCUCUACCCCUGAAGGCAGCGUGAGCCACGUGCACUGGGACAGAGCUAGACACUCAUGCAGAAGCUUUUUAUUUUGGCCAAAGUUGACUGCUACUUCUUUCUUAAUUCUUUAACAAGCCACAUGGGAAAAAGAAUCUUCCUCAAAACGGGCACAGUAACCACCAGGACAGGACCCAGAAAGACAUCACCAUCGAGUUCCCAGUGUGUUGCCAGCCCAGUUCUCACAAGUUACCUAGGAUCACCGACAUCAGCUUUCCUUGGCUGAUGGGCAUCUACUUGCCGUUCAGCAGUGUGGGCAGCGAUACGAGCACCGCAGGAAGCCCAGGGCCUCCAUUGCGCAGCCUGCCUGGGAAGGCUGAGCACGCAGUGCUCUGAGCCCUGACCCUACUAUGCUGCCUUUUCUUAAGGCUUUGGUGGUCAGAGUUGUGUCCAUCUUGAAAAAUAUUUUUGGAUCAGCAUUUCAAAAAACCAUUAUUGGGAAGAUAAAUUGCUUUCUGGAUGAGGGCUCUUCUUACCCCCAAGAAAACCUGCUUAUCCAAGAGACUAUCAGGAUUUAAGAAAACCUUGUCUUAGGCCAAGUCUGAAAUGGUACUGAAGUAUGCUUUUCUAUGGGUCUUGCUUAUUUUAUAAAACUUUACAUUCUAAAUUUUUGCUAAAGAUGUAUUUUAAUUAAAAAGAAAAUUUCUAUUUAAACUGUAAAUAUAUUGUCAUACAGUGUUGCAAAAGCUAUAUUUUUAAAGAAUUCAACUUACUAUGUCAAAUUGGAAAAUACCAAUAAUUAAGUUUUAUAACCAAGGAAUUCUCCUCUUGGAGGUUUACUAGAACAUUCCUUUGUCCAUUAAAGUUUUAACAUCUUUCAUAAGAAAAUGUAUGCUGUCUGUAUAGCAGACCAGUGUUGCUUAAGAAGCCUUUAAAAAAUUCCAGUCUAGCAACGUUGGUAUCCACAUCUCUCCAAAAGAAACCCUGGGACUCUCAGGUUGGCUUUGAACAGCCUCUUCUUGAGAUCAGUAAAACUGCCUAUUACCCAAAGACUGCCAGAGGCCUUAGACCUGUGCACGUGACCGCACUGGUGGCUAGUCCACACCACCAUUCGGGUCAGUUUGGGCCACUAACUUGUAAGUGCCAGCCAGAAUGCCCUCCUCCACUUCACAGUCCUGACCACGCUUCUCCACUAACCCCAGCAGCAUUGUCCAUGGGCUCGGCAGUGCUUGGAGGGGCAAAGGUGGUGACCUCCGUGGGGUCACCCAGCCUUUAGCUUCUGCUGACACCUUCUUUUGGUUAUGGAUGGCCAUGAAACAAAGCAGUCACUGCCAUUUGUGUUUUAGGUUCAUUUCCAUUAGUUGUAUAGUCAGAAAGAUUGUAGGGCCAAGGCAAACUACAAUAUUUUUCAAAGAAAACCAAAUCUCCUGGCCAUGAAGAAAGCACUCAACCCUGUGGGCUAUGUCUCCUUCUUCUUAAGCCAUUGUGUGGGGACAGGCAGUCCAGCCUUUUGAAGACUACCAGGAAGUGCAGUCAGGCUAGCAAGCUGAGGCCAGGAAAGUAGAACACCUGAACCAAAAGCAGUUUUCUAAUUUUGAUUCGGAGUUUUUUUAUCUCCCCGAGACACUGCUCACUUUGUGGGGGACAUUAGAAACAUCAUUCAGAAGCCUUUGUUCUUCCAGAGCAGAUGUGCUUUGCCUCAAAACACCCCAGGUGUGAAGUGAUUUGAAGCCCGGAGCUUCUGAAAGGAGGAGCACCCAAUUCCUCAUGCGCCCAAGGAUGGGUUCAUGUAGAAUGUAGUCACCUUGUGAUUUAGCUUUCAGUGUCUUAAUUUUUAUACUUCCGCCAUUGUUCUUCAUGGAAUACUUGAGACGUGUUGACUUUUAUGAGUUCUGUGAAAUGCUUGUGAUGAGAUGCUGGCAGGAGCACUUCCACAUCCCUGGUGCCUGUUUUCUUUGAGUGCUUCGUAAAGACCGCCCCUCAUUUGCCCUCCUCUGGGGCAGCACCCCAUCUGAUGGUUGGGGUUUGCUAGCCUUCUUGGUUGUCACAGCAACACGGUGGCUGUGCUGUCUCCCUUCUACCUGAAGGCCUUCAGCCGCGGCCUGUGGGACUGGGGUCUGAUGCAGUGUGCCAGCCUGGGAAACAGUGACAGAAGCCAUAGAGAAGGCGCACUCGUGUCUUUGCGCCUCUGUAGGAAGAGGCUGUGCAGGCUGCUCUUUUGGCCUGUGGUAUGGUUGUUGUAUAUAGUUGUUUUAGACUUGUACUAAUGCACCUGAUAUGUGUUAAAGCCUCAUUUAUAAAAAGCUUUUC